AUGGCGUGGGCGCUGGUUCUGGCGCUCUGCAACCGGGCGCUGGCCCCCGUGGGCGCGCUGGACGCCAUGGGCCCUCACGCAGCAGUCCGCCUGUCGGAGCUGCUGACCCCGGAGGAGUGCGGCCACUUCCGAUCGCUCCUCGAGGCGCCCGAGCCCGACGUGGACGCCGAGUUGGCCCGGCUAUCUGAGGACUGGCUGGCGCGGCCCGAGCCGUCCACCCCUUCUCCCGGAGCGCAGGAUAUCGUGGGGCAACGGCGGCGGGCGGCAGCCACGCAGCCGUCGGAGGGACAGGAGGGCGUGCCAGCCGGGGCCAGGGAGGUGUCCGACGGUUGCCGCCAGGCGCUGGCGUCCUGGUUGGCCGCCGAAGCCCCGGUUCUGUCGUGGGACCGCGUCGCCCGGGCGCUACGGCGCAGCGGCCGCCCCGAUGUGGCGCGGGAGCUGGCCAAAAACCUCCAUCAGCAGGCGACAUUGCAGCUGCGCAGGUCAGGCGCGAACUACGUGCAGCCGCCCGUAGCCCCCGCCCCGGCCCCGGCCCCGGCCCCGCGCGCCCGCCGCUCCGGGGUCCCGGCGCCCUCCUGGGACGAUUUAGAGCUGAUCGUGGAGCGCCUGCCGCAGCCUCCGUACACGCGAAGCCCAGCAGCCUGGAUCGGGCCGCUGGUGCUCGGCCUCCUCGUCGGCUUCGUGGGAGCGCUGGGCACUGGGGCGCUGAUAACCGUGCUCACGCUGUGGAUCACAGGCGGCGACGGCGAUCCCGCCCCGCGCGCUUCCUCUGGGCCCAUGCCGUCCCCAGCGCCAUGCCGCUGGGAUGCAGAGCCACUCCUGCCCCGAACCUGGGCGCCCCAGGAACCGUCCCCCCACGGCCCGCUGCUGUGA